UUUUUUUUUUUUUAAAUUUUUCAUAAUUUUUUAUUUUAUUUUUUAAUUUAAUUAUUUAUUUAUUAAUAAUGUCUCUCCAAAGAGCUCUUAGCACACCUCCUCCUGAAGAACCACUAAUGCAGACAACAAUUAAAUAUGAAAAAAAGGCUAGACAUGGACAUAAGCAUGAUGUAACAGAUAUUUAUAAUAUUAGACAAGUCGCUGGAUGUCUACCCAUUGAUCCUAUAUCAAAACGUUUUCUAUUAAUUUCUUCAAGUAAAAAUCCUGAAGCAUGGGUUAUCCCUAAAGGUGGCUGGGAAAUGGAUGAAACCCAGGAACAAGCAGCACUUCGAGAAACUUGGGAAGAAGCAGGUUUAAAAGGCCGUAUUACGCAUCAACUCGGCAUAUUUGUUGAAAGAAGUAAAAAAAGAAUUAAAGCCCAUCAUUGGAUAUUUGAAAUGGAAAUUGAUGAAAUUUGUAAGAAAUAUCCUGAAAGACGAAAGAGAGAUCGUCGUUGGUUUACUUUUGAUGAAGCUUUAUUGGCUACACAGAAUAAUUAUUAUAUUCAAGAAGCAAUUCGACUUUCUAGUAUUAGUCCUGAACAGCAAAAAUUAACUACACCUCGUUCUUCAUUUGAUGGCAAGCACAUGAAAUGGUCUUCACCUAUUUUAUCACCCAUUAUAAAUUCAUAUUUACCUAUCAAUACCACUCCCCCUUCUUCUGUACCUACAACUCCUGUAAAUCAAUCCAUAAUUGAAUCUCCUUCUACACAGAAUAGUAGAAAGUCAAUGGAUGCAUUUCAAGCUUUAAAAGAAUUAAUGGAAAAUGCUUCUAUUUCAGCAUAAUUUAUACUUUUUCUUUAAUACUAUUUAGAUACCAAUACUAUUUUUUCAUAUCAUAUAUAAUUAAUCAAAUAAAUAAAUAAAAGAUGUUCACUACAAAAUGA